AUGCAUGCCGCCGCCGCUGGCAACAUCAUGGCGGCCAUGAGCGACCUGGACGGCUUCACCGCCAAGCUGAACGCCAUUCUGCAGGCAGACCUGACGCACGCGGCGCUGGCCGCGGGCCCGCUUGAGGUGGCCCCCAACCUGAUGCAGCAGCUGGGUUCGGUGCUGGCUGUGGAGGGGGGCGGCGGCGGGCUGGCCUCCCCCGACACCGACGCCCUGCUGAAGCAGCUCAAGGCGCUGCAGGAGCAGGUGGCGCUGCUGGAUCGCAUCCAGAACAUCAGGGUGAAGAACAUCCAGGACGAGUAUCAGCGGUACAUGGAGCGGGUGCGGGCCAAGGCGCAGUCGGCCAUAGACCAGGCCAACACAGCCUACAGCCAGCAGCGCACGGUGCUCAUGGCGCGCUUCGACGCACUCGUCACCUACCUGUCGCAGCAGCAGGCGGCCGCCGCGCAGCAGCGGCAGCAGGCCGCGGCCGCCGCGCAGCAGGCGAUCGCCGCCGCGGGGCAGCAGCAGCUGCAGCCUGGCGGCGGCGGCGCGGCUGCGGCGGCUGCGGGGCAGCAAGCCGUAGCGGCGCAGGCGCAGGCGCAGCUGCAUGCCGGCCUGGCCAAGGCUGCUGCCGGGGAGGGUCAGGCGGCGGCGGCUGCUGCGGCGGCCGCCGCCAGCAACCCCAUGCACAUGCUGUCCCACGCGAUGGCCUCCCAGCUGCUCUCGCUGCAAGCCGGCAUGGAGCAGGCGGCGGCGGCGGCGGGCAACCCCGGCGCCGCCGCCGCGGGCGCCGCCCCUGCGGCCAUCACGCCGCAGGCCGCUGCUGCUGCGGCGGCUGCGGCGGCGGCGCACCACCCGCUCAACGCCGCCUUUGCCCAGUGCUGCGCGCUGCCGGAGGCUGAGCUGCGGGCGCAGCUGGAAAGCUUGGAGGCGCUGGUCAAGGCGGGGAGCCUAGCGCCAGACGCGCCGCAGCUAGCCCUGGUGCACGCCGCGCUGCAGCACCACGCGGCA